CUUGAUAUAACUGCUGUAUCUGGUCCAAAAUGAAUGAUAUCCGGUCUGUAAUCCAGCGAGGAGAAUUCUAUUCCCUUCCCGUGAACGAUCUCCUGCAACUUAUCCACAACGAAUAUCCGACGGAACUCGCAAGACUCAAGACAGCCUACUCGAUCCCGGUUCGAACGAGACCCCACCACCUAUCGGAGCCGUCUCCGUCGCAAAUCAUCUAUCAUGACGAGCACGACGAAGUCAACCGCACCCUGGUAAGCCUAUUGCUGCUUCGCAAGAUUCACAACAAUGACUACGCCGGGUUCGUGGGCAACCAGCGGCAAACUGGGGUCCGACACCUCCGCAAGCUAUCAUUCGCGUGGAUCCGCCGGCUAUUCCGGCGUUGUCUGACCACGUCUGACGAUCUUCACACUCUCAUCACCUCAAUUAUCAUUAACGAUCUUGGAAAAUCGCCAACCCUAGCCGCUGACCUGCAGCGGCAGAAAGCUACAGUAAACGCAUGUCAAGGCAAGCCAAACCAUGACGUGGUCCUUGACCUAGUAGUCCGAGAAGCGCCUCAUCUCAUUCCAUGUCUUGAGAAGCUUUCGCCAUCUCACGGUUAUCUUCUCGUUCGUGGCAUCGAACUAGGCGCUGAGUUCAAUUUUGGACAGAUGGCCCAGGCAGAAUGUCCGCCUGCUAGUUUGUUGGGGCUGGAACGGUUGCGUCCGUGCCAUGGCGACGACGAUAACGAUAAACACAUUAGUAUCCAAGUCUUUCACAUGCGCUACAUGGAACAGAUCCUUGAUAUUGCGGGUGCAUUAGGUCAUCAGGAUCAUACAAAUGCUGCACUUUUCACAGAGCCAAUCUACCAGUCUUACCGAAUCAUUUACCAGAUAGCUUUGGACGUGAUUAAUGGAAAUAUCGAUCGAAGGGAAGCGUACGAUGCUAACCUGGUACGCAAACUGGAACUUCUCAUGACUCAGAAUGGAUGGAGAGCAAAGGGCAGGGGUCUGGACGUUCAUGACCCAGAGCACAGGGCUCUAAUGCGAUUGCUGUGUAUCUGCAAUGCGACAGCAACGAAGGGCGUCGAGGUUGCUGACUUGGUUUGGGAGACGUUCUUUGAUGGCAUUGACCCUGAGACGAGAUUAAUGCUGGUUAAAGGGCUGAAUAUUGAUGGAAGUGAAAGGAUACCGGCCGUUCAAGCGACAUACGCACCGGCUGUUUGUAGCGCUGCCAUCAAGGCCUCGAGAAGCGAAGGGAGGAAGGAACAGAAGAAAGCACUGGCCGCCGUGUUUUGCUACCUAGCGAGGGUCCAUACACUGACGCCGGCUGAAUCGAAUGAACUACCGGAUGGAGUCAUGGUUGUUGAACGCGAUGUCCGGGAUAAGGUCUUAUCCGUUGUCACUUCAGACUCUUUCCGAAGUAGUCCUGAUGUAUUGAAUGAUUUGGAUGUACCGGAGAUUGCGAUUGCAGUACAGAGAGAUCCUCGCAGAUAG